AGCGUGAUCGUAUUUAAUUGCCGCUCUGAUGCCAUCUAAUCUAAUCUGGUCGGAACUGCCUAAUACGACGGGCUUACAUAGGCUCAACACGCCGUGAACGUCGAGGAGUACAUACGGAUCCUGCGCAACGUGCGCUAUGCCACUCAUCUCUUCCCAUGUCAUCAAAGUCGAAGAGUCCUAGCCGCAACUCUACUCGCUCUGGGGCUCCUAGGUGGCGGCGGACUCUAUCAAAUGCGAAGAGCCAACAGCCAGCAAGCAUCUCGCUUGUGUUUGCCCAGCCAGAACAAGCAGCCAGGCUGCCAUCUGCGAUCGAACAAUUACCUGCCCUUGCCAUUGAUGAUGCCUCCAGCAUUAUGAGUGUCACUUCGCGUAAGAGAGACCGCCUUCAUUCGCAGUCGAUGAUUUCGAGAGAAAACGAUCUCGAUGCGAAUGAAGAGAAUGUGGAGCGAAAGCGAUCCCGGACGGGUUCUAUGGGGAACCCUCGUGGCGAUGCGGCGGAAAGCCCGCCAUCAGGAGAGAGCAUCGCGACGGAGGAUCAUGCUGAUCAUAACCGUGCAGUGCUUUCCGAAUCACCCUGCUCCUCGCGAGAGCCCCCGAUGCCUAUGGAAUCAAUUCCGUCGCCGCCACUGUCUAUCCCUACUCCGAAGUCAGAGGAGGUGCCGGAGACGAGCAAAUCCCCAUCCCGCGGUUCAUGGCUGGGUUCGCUCGCAUGGGUGACGGGAUACGCAUCCGCAGAGUCCGAUUCGACAUCGACAGCACGACCGACGUCUCCGCAACCGGAUAUAGAGCAGGGAACCAUCCCCACUGCAGCAUCAGUGCAGCCAGCCCCCAACCCUCCAGACGAAAUGGCAAGCGCUAGCCAGUUUGGUUCGCAGGUCCAACCGCUCAUCUUCGUCCUCUCCUGCACCUCGCGAUCCUGUGACCGGCCGUCCGGUCGACUCUCCGUCCAUUUCCUCCGUUGACGAUGAAGUCCCGCGCCUUGUGGCAGGUAAUCCUCCGUCGGCACGCGCAAUCGCCGUGCUUGAAAGCCAGAGCGACAACGCUGUCAAUCGAAAGCUGUCGGUCACAUCUCUGAAUCCGUCCGAGAGCAGAUUUUCGCUGCGCAUCCCGCUCCUGGGCCGG